AUGCAAAUGAACUUAAAUGUGAUGUUGUUACUUUACCCACAUAAAGUUUUGUUAAGUGAGACAAUAUUAACAGACGACAUGUUAGAGAACAAAACUCUGAAGAUUACGGACUUUGGUCUUGCCCGGGAGGUCUACAAAACGACAAGAAUGUCUGCAGCGGGGACUUACGCCUGGAUGCCACCUGAGGUGAUAAAGAACUCGACGUUUUCCCACGCUUCAGACGUCUGGUCAUAUGGGGUUCUGCUUUGGGAACUACUCACGGGUGAGACACCUUAUAAAGGGAUCGAUGCGUUAGCGGUCGCUUAUGGGGUCGCCGUCAACAAACUCACGCUGCCCAUACCCAGUACCUGCCCCGAGCCUUGGAGGGUGCUUAUGGAAGCCUGCUGGCAUUCGAACCCUCGAGAACGGCCGUUAUUCCCUGAAAUCCUGGAACAGCUGGAUCGGAUCAGACAAUCAGAAUUCACUCGCGCACCUCACGAAAGUUUUCACACAAUGCAAGAUGGAUGGAGGAUAGAAAUUGAAGAGGUUCUGAGGGAUCUAAGGAGAAAAGAGAAGGAGCUUCGAUGUCGCGAAGAAGAACUCACCAGAGCCCAGCUCCAGCAGAGGCUGGUAGAACAGAACCUUGCGCAGAAAGAGAGGGAGUUGGAGAUGAGAGAGAUCGAUCUGGCAGCUCGUGAAUUGCACAUACUAAUAUUCGCUAGUAAUAUGUCGCAACAACCGCCGCAGCCUAACAAACGGAAAGGCAAAUUCAGCAAGAUCCGUCUGCUAAAGAAGGACACGAUCUCCUCGCCCUUGGACUUCCGUCACACGCUGACCGUGAGGCCCAACGACGAAGCCAGCGUGAAGCAGUUAGUCGCGGUCGCCAAGGACACGCCGCCCGGAUCCCCCGCCAUCAUGCGGGCCAUCGCUCUGCCAGCGGACGGCGUGAAAGGCAAGACGUGGGGUCCGUCCACCGGACACACGCGCACGCGCACGCACCUGCCGUUGCCCGCCCUCCGCGCCCGUCCCCACCGCCCCUCCGCCUCUACCUCCGCCCCCCACCUCUCGCCCGCUCGCGCCUCGCCCGCCCGGCAUCCCGAAGCGGAUCGGACCGGGCUAAUAAUAAGCGCGGUCGAGCACCCGAAGCGCAAGCCUCGCAAAUCGAAAUCCCAAGUGCGCGCGCCCAAAACCGACCUAGCCGCGAAACGAAGCGGCAGCCACGACGACUUGCUUUACGAGAACGACGAACCGCGACGGAACCGAUUCCUCCUCUGCCCCAUGUUCACCUCCGCCGCCGACAUCCCCCACUACGACACGGUCUUCGGGCUCCCCGAAGGGCGCGAGGGCCCCCGAGGCGAGAUCAAGAAGAACUUCCUCAAGUCCAUCCGGUCCAACAGCCUCGCCGGCCUCCUCGCCGUGGCCGGCAGCCUGUCCUCGGACACCACGGAGCUCUUGAGGGACGAGUGA